UCGACCCAUUCUAUUCCACCACAAAAUUUGCAAAAAAGCCUUACACAGAUAAAUAUAUAAUUAAAACAUCCUUCUUGCUUAUUAGUACCAAUAUAUAGCCAGUGUUCAGUGUACUGUGCAACCAUGGAGAAAGCACCAACAUGCCGGUGCCGCCGCCGGAGGUUCCAUUAUCUGUACAACGUUGUCGCCGUGACGACUCUGAUGAUGCUGCAAUUGUUGUCUCCGGCGUCGGCGUCGAGCCUUUCGUUCAACUUCUACGCCAUUUCUUGCCCGUCGGCGGAGUUGAUAGUGAAGAACACCGUGAGAUCGGCUUCUUCUGUGGACCCCACCCUCCCCGGAAAACUUCUCCGCCUCCUCUUCCACGACUGCUUUGUUGAGCAGGGCUGCGAUGCAUCUAUACUGUUGCAAGGAAAUGACACAGAGAGGAGUGAUCCAGCAAACAAGUCCGUGGGAGGAUUCUCCACCGUUGAUUCGGCAAAGAGAGUGCUAGAGAUCUUCUGUCCUGAAACUGUUUCUUGUGCUGAUAUAAUUGCCCUGGCUGCUCGAGACGCAGUUGAAUUUGUAGGGGGACCAAGUGUUGCGAUACCGACAGGGAGGAGAGAUGGGAGGGUUAGUUUGGGUAAAAACGUGAGACCAAACAUAAUAGACACAAGUUUCACAAUGGAUGAGAUGAUGAAAAUCUUUGCUGCAAAAGGGCUGUCUUUAGAUGACCUUGUUACCCUCUCAGGGGCACACACCAUAGGAUCGGCCCAUUGCAGUGCUUUCAGCGACAGAUUCCAGCUGGCCUCCAAUGGCAGCUUUCUCCCCAUAGACGCCGCCCUAGACCACGCAUACGCGGCGGAGCUAGCACGGCAGUGCCCGGCGGGAGCAAGCGACGCCGUCACAGUCAACAACGACCCCGUAACGCCGUCUUUGUUUGACAACCAGUACUACAAGGAUUUGCUAGCACACAGGGGACUCUUCCAAUCAGAUUCUGCCUUGCUGAGAGACAAAAGGGCCAUGGAAAAAGUGCAGGAUUUCGCCGGCGACCAAAACAAUUUCUUCACCAGCUGGGAACAAUCCUUCUUGAAGCUUGUGAGCAUCGGAGUCAAGGUCGGAGACGACGACGGAGAGAUUCGACGCUCUUGCUCGUCGGUCAACGCCUGAACAUUAUGUUGCAUGUAAGUAUGUAUUUUGAUUUAGAAAAAUUUACAAUUGCUACCGAAAAGGCGAAAAUGUACUUGGAGAUAGCUAGCUACCAUAUAUGAUGUAAAAUAUAAUGUGAGGAAUUUUGUGUAUUUUAUACCCACAAUUCACCUAUCUAGAGUAAAGGAGAACACUAAUUUGUACUGUGUAAGAAAAGAAGACGGCAUUUCGUAA